GAUCAAAGAGAAUUUGUUGUUACGGCGAUAAAUUGUUACGGCGUAUGUUUGGAUUGUAUUGUCAAUAGACUAUCUUAAAUUGCCUUUCCUUCCAAAAAAUGUAAAUUUCCACAAUGCCAAGAACUCUGCCUUUAAGAAUAAGUAUUCGAGACUGUUUAGUUCUAGUUCUUUUAGUUAUAUUUAAUACUAUUCACAUAACAGAUAUGGCCAACAAUAACAUGGACAUACCAAAAGAGAAGAAAUCUUCAAAGGAGUCUAAUGACAAGUCUAGUGUUCGUGGGGACACUGAGGAUUAUUUAAAAAGUUGUCCUAGUGAACAAGACAACAUCCAAUGUACUGUCUUAGAAUAUCCUUGUAUAUUUUGUAACAGGACCAUUGACUGCAUCUAUGGAGGAUUUAGCAAUUAUUCAUGUGAAGUGAAAGCUAAAGUGCAUUGCAAUGGUUCUAGAACCUUCAACAGGACUGCAAUAUGCAGAUUUUGCUACCAAACUGAAAAGUGGGAGCAUAGGUGUGACCAAAAAGCGAACUGCAAUUCUCUAGCUUCUCCACUAAAGUAUUACUCAACUAACUGUACUGUUUCGGACGAUGUUAUUUGCCUUGGAACCAGAAGAUUCAUAAAGAAAAUCCUAUGUUCAUGGACUGCAGGCACACGUUGGGGUACUGCUCUGAUCCUUGCUUUAACUCUUGGGGGAUUUGGUGCAGACCGGUUUUAUCUAGGUCACUGGCAAGAGGGUAUUGGAAAACUCUUUAGUUUUGGUGGCCUAGGAGUAUGGACCCUUGUGGAUGCUCUUUUGAUUGGAAUACACCACUUGGGCCCAGCUGAUGGAUCACUCUAUAUUUAGUUAAUGUAUGUACAUAGACAUUGUAAUAUAUAGGAUAAUUUAUAUAAUAAAA